AUGACUCUCUCCAGUGAAUUUGAAGCUUCACAACACGCUGCUUUGCCUCUAGAAGAGGAUGAGAUUGACAUCGUGGGCGAGGAUGAGCCCACCCACGGGCGUUUGUAUCGAAACGAGUGCGCCAUGGACCCAGGGUCCUCAGCAGAAUCUGGGGCUGAGUUUGACUCAUCAGAGCCAGACUCCUCGGGUGAAAGCGAGAACAGUUUCUGCGCAGACGCACCUGCGUCCAGGAAAGCCCAGGGCAGCUCGGUGAAGCCUCCUUACUCCUACAUCGCCCUCAUCACCAUGGCCAUCCUGCAGAGCCCGGUGAAGAAGUUGACGCUGAGUGGCAUCUGUGACUUCAUCAGCAACAAGUUUCCCUACUACAGAGACAAGUUCCCCGCUUGGCAGAACUCCAUCAGGCACAACCUCUCCCUCAACGACUGUUUCAUUAAGAUCCCAAGGGAGCCUGGGAACCCGGGCAAAGGCAACUACUGGUCUCUGGACCCUGCCUCAGAGGACAUGUUCGACAACGGCAGCUUUCUGCGGCGAAGGAAGCGUUUCAAGAGAAACCAGCCGGAGCUUGGCAAAGACGGACUUAUAUUUUAUUCAAACUUGAACUGCUACCGGCCGUACGGACAACCAUACUGCGUACAGGGCCAGGUAAGCCCCCCACCCGCUGCUCCUAUCCGGUACAUGCCUCUGCAGGAGGGCAUCAUGAUGCCUCCUUCUUCCUAUCACCUUCUACCACAAACUUUGAACAGCCACGGGAAGUGCAGUGGGCCUAAAGAGUUCAGAGCGCAGCUUUGCGCAACAGAACCCGCAGAGCCAAAGCCUGGCCCGCAGGCAAAGUGCUCCUUCAGCAUUGAAAGCAUCAUGAGCAAACCCUCUCCCAUCAGUCCGCUGAACCCAAACCCACAGCAGAGCCCCCGCAGCGCCCUCUACGGUCACCUCUUGUCGGGCCCUGCUGCCUGUUUGGUUCCGACGCUCCUGCAGGCUCCCAGGACUCCCUUCUGCCCCCCUACCAUGCUGAGCACUGCGCCUUUAAGAAACCUCUCCUACCAUCACUGUUGA